AUGCACUCAGGCUCCAUGUCUCUUCUGGGCUAUCCUGGGAAUUGCAGUGGCACAUCCUACAGAACUCACUGCUAUAUUUCUGUUGCUCUUUGCUCCAGUGAUGUAAGCCCUACCUUUGGGCUUGCCUUACCCAGUAGCUACCAAGGAAAUCUCUGGCUCCUGGAUAACUGCCAAGAAACCCAUGAUGAAGCACCAAGCUGUGAAUCUCCCAACUGUGAGACCAAGAGCUGCACCACAAGUUGUGACCAAUCAAACUCAUCUGUGUCCUCCAACUCUCCAACAGUGGGCAAAAUAUGCAGUGCCUGUGAAACCACCAACACGGGACCCAGCCCCAGCUGCAACCCGUGCACUCAGACCAAGGGGUAUGUAUCCGAUUGCUGCACACCCAGCUGUACAUCCAAAGCCUUCCAAAGCCUCAGCAAUGGCUUCAAACGCUUUGGGCAACUUAACUGUUUAUCCAAGAGUUUCUGGCCCCUAAACAGCUACAGACUGGGUAGUUUGGGGUAUAGAAGCUACAAAAAUCUUGGCUUCAUACACAGUGGCUUCCCACCAUCAUGUUAUAUUACCAACAGCUGCCAAUCCCAAAGCUAUUUAAUAAGAAAUUGCCAAUACCUGUAUUAUUGGCCCAGGAGCUGCCAACCACUAAGCUAUUUUUCAAGAAACUUCUGGUCUCUGAGCUGUAUACCAAGUACCUUUCCUCCUGCGAGGUAUUUAUGUAGUGGCUGCAGAUCUCUAAAUUGCUAUUGA